AUGUCUGUUCGCGGUCGCGGUCGUGGUGAUGGUGAUGGUGAUGGUGACGGGGGGCGCGGCGGUGGUGCAGCUGGUACAGCUCAGACUUUGGGUGAUGUGAUGCGAGCGGGCCCUAUCCAUUCUCCUGACAUCAUUGUCAUCGACCAAACGUACGACGAAGUGAGUCGAAAAGACGACCUCAGCCUCAGCGAGGACCUCUGGCUGAGCUCGGCCGACGGCCGGUACAGCUCAACCAUCAUACCUCUACGCGUCGGGCGGGCGCCUGUUCAAGAGGUUUUUUAUGUGCAUAGGGAUGUCUUGCUCACGACCGAGUACUUCCGAAAAGCACUUUGCGGAGAUUUCAGAGAAGCCGAAGCGCAGUCGAUGGACUUUCCUGAAGAGGAUCCGGCCAUCUUUCACUUCCUCGUUGCCUUCUUGUAUCAGAGAAGCUUCGUCCCAAUCAGGCCUGCGGCAUCCGCGCUUGAUAUCGAUGAGUCGGGCCGGGGGAAGGCGCAGCACCAGCACGACCCGAGCUACAGGAGCGAGUCCGAGUCGGAGAUCUCGUCCUCGGAGGCCAGCGACACGAGUGCCAGGAGUCGGCUCAGGGCGCAACGGCGGCAACGGCGACGAGAGCGGCAAUGGGAACGUUUGAACCGAAAACAACCCGGCGUGCACCGCCCGGAUUGCAGAUGCCCACGGUGCACCACCACGGCCGGACCGCCAUGCUGGAACUGCGGUGUCAGUCGCGCGAGGCCGAUGCCGGGACACCUGCCGCCGCACAUUAUCCCCCCGAUCCCACCAACGAGGCCCGCCGUCAUGCCACCGCAUCGCCGCCGCCGCAGUCGACAGCCAAUCCUCACGCCGCCAGGUUCGACCCCUUCGGUCGGCGCGUCGACCUCAGCUAACGACGAAUUCAUGGAUGGCGACCGCAUACGGGGCGACGACAUGCGCACGUGGCUCGCCAUCUAUGACCUUAGCAUUUCCGUCUACGCGUGUGCGAACAAAUACCUUAUGGACGACUUCAAAGCCGUCAUCCAGCGCCACUGCGUCGACAUGCUCGAGUCCGCCGGCCCCGACGCAGCACAGUCGGCGGUCCUCCAGCUGUGCUCGAAGCUGUACACCGCCGUGCCCGAGUCCGACCCGUUAUUGAGGAUGAUCUUCGCUCGCAUCGGCUUCUUGCAGCCUCUACUAUGGCAGCGGGCGCCGCAGCAUACGUCCGAGUUCCUCGUCGGGCAUCCAGAGGUAGCGGCCCUGAUGCUCCGCGAGACGGCGAUCCGGAGAGAAGAGGACCUGGGCAGCAGAGCACUGCCGUCGAUGGAGCGGGCGAUGUACCCGCACACCAUGCCCGCAUGGUCGGCCGGUCCCCCCAUGCACCCUCACAUGCGGCGGCGGCCGCCGCCGCCCCCACUGCCACAUUGGCACCCGGCUCCCCGUUUGGCCUUUGAGUAA